UCCGCGAUACGUCCGAAACCGUCAGUGUGUGAUGCGCAUCCCACCGGGACGGACGUGCCGCGAGCGCUCUUGCGAAUACAAUUUAAAAACUAUUCGAAAAUGCCGCCUCUGUAUAUAAUAUCUGCGAUAGUUGCAACUUAUAUUUGCCUGGUGCAAGGACCAUGCAAUCACCAACAAUGGAAAACGCUCGCCAAGAGUUACGCGCUACUGAAACUGCGGGAACGCGAGAAUUUUAUCUUGAGAGAAUCGUCUUGCACCACGCCGAGCGGCGGGAAAGGGCAGUGCCAGUCCAUCGUAAACUGCGCACCGCUACUGGCCAUAGUGAAGAAGACUAACAAGAGAACACCAGAGGAGACUCAACUGUUGAGGGAGUCCGUGUGCACAUACAACAGUAAUGUACCAGAUGUAUGCUGUCCGGUAGACGACCCCGGGCUAAUAGAUCGCAGAUGCUUCAGCUACGACGGAAAGAACGGCACGUGCCUGGGGCUGUAUUCGUGCCCACAACUGAAAAAGCUGCUUAAGCCGCCCGUCUCUCAAGAGGCCUUGACAUAUGUCCAGAUUUCUAGGUGCGAAAGUCCAGAUAAAUACAGUGUAUGCUGUGGACCCGAUGACGACGUACCACCACCUCCCAAACCAAGUAGAGUCUGCACCCCCACAGCCGCUCCGCCAGACCCUCGCACCGAGUGCUGCGGUCUGGACAGUGGAGGUGGCAAUAGGAUAUUUGGUGGCAACGUGACCGCGAUCGACCAGUACCCCUGGCUGACCCUCAUCGAGUACCGCGGCGUGAGGGACAACCGUAUCAAACUUCUCUGCGGCGGCGCCCUCAUCAGCGGCCGUUACGUCCUCACCGCUGGCCACUGCGUCGCCGGUCCGGUACUCACGAUUGGCACACCGAUCAACGUGCGGCUGGGCGAAUAUGACGUAUCACACGCGGGUCCAGACUGCACCGAAGUGGAGGGGGGCGGCACCGACUGCGACGACGGCGAGAUCAGUAUCCCCAUAGAGGCGACUAUCCCGCACAGGGACUACGACCCGAACGCUAAACUGAGGAGGAACGAUAUUGCGUUGAUACGCUUGAAGACUAUGGCACCGUAUACGGAUUUCAUCCGCCCGAUCUGCUUGCCAAUAUCAGACAUAACGGUCAAUCCGCCGCCCAAAUUAAUGCUAGAAGUCGCCGGCUGGGGCGCGGUUAGCGACACGCAGAGUUUCAGCAACAUAAAGUUGCAUGUGGCCCUGCCCUUAGCUACCAAGGAUCAAUGCGAACCGUACUACAAACAACGCGAGGUGCCACUAUGGGGCGGGCAGCUGUGCGCCGGCGGUGAGAAAGGCAAGGACUCCUGCAAGGGCGACUCUGGGGGACCCCUCAUGAACGAGAACGGCCGACUGUGGGAGGCAGUCGGCGUGGUCAGCUUCGGGCCGACGCCAUGCGGCAUGGAACACAUACCCGGCGUCUACACUAAAGUCUACGAUUACUUGCCGUGGAUACGCAGCCAGAUAAAACCGUGAUAUCGUACUGUGUGAAUUCAUUGUGUGUGUUUAUGUUGUGUAAAUUAAUCGCAGAUGUGUUUGCGUGUAUGCGAGAUUAGAUAUAGGGUUUAAUUUUUAUAAUAUGAUAGUGCUAUAUUGAAAGAAUAGAAGAAAAGAUUUUUUACUGUCCGCUGCACGCACGUUUUAAUUUUAAUUAUCCUCUAUUCCAAAAUAUAGUAGUAAGUAGUGAUACUUUCUGAAAUUUAUUGCCAACGGAUUGAAAGCCGCAGAGUUAUCGAGUAACAACAAAACCAAAAAAAAAACGUCAGUUAAAUAAAUUUAUAUAAACAAAUGUACAACCCAUUCACACGUAAAUAACUUUAAAACCCACAAACACCUCGCUCAAUAUGACGUACAAAUAAAAUUGCUUUUAUUAAUAUCAUCACUUUUAAUUCAAUAAAAUAAACAUAACGUUAUAUAGCUUUAAAAUCCGUGAAUACUGUCAUAUAAAACGUAUAAAAAAAUUACCUACGUUUAUCUUUUACAUUAAAUUUAACCAUCAUAUAGUUUUAUGUAUUUAGAUUAAUUAUUAUAAAUAGCUUUGUUCAAAUAAAAUUAAUUUAAUGUACCAUUAUCACUCAUUAAAAAUAAACAAUUAUGUAGUGCUGCAUAUAGAAAUAUACCUACCAUAAAAUAUUUGCUCAAUUAUUCUGAGUCUUUCAUACUUCUCAUAUGAAGAAAAAACAUGUUUUUGAUAUAAGUUUCAUUAAUUUUAAUAAAUAUAACAACAAAUAACUGUGAAUCGUAGCAUUAUUUGACAUUUAUUUUGAGAUUAUGUGACGUUCAAUUGUAUUUCUGUGAUGAUUAAUUUGUUAGAAUAUUAAGUUUCUUCAUAUUUAUAUAAAAUGAAUAAAUGAAUAU